AUGAAAGGUCUUAAGGAAAAAUAAAAUUUCUCAUAAAAACUCGAAAAAAAAUGGAAGAAGAUUGGAUUACUCUCGAAUUAGGAAAAUUUCAAUAAAAUCUCUGAAAAAUGA